AUGGAAAGUCAGAAAAAACGCGAAGCACCAAUCCAAGUGAACUACGUCAGCUCUAGUGAUGAAAGUUGGAGAAGCGAUUUGAAGAAUGAGACAACAAAGGUUCGUAGUCUGUACCCCAGACCACAAUCUGAUCCUUUGAGUCUCCAAGCCAUUUUAGAUGGUAGUGAAGUCGAGGAUUACAAGGAGAAUGAGAGAUUCGAAGUCCGAAAUGUUGAAGUUCGCUACAAACGAAAAAGAGGACCACUUGAAGAAGAUCAAUACCAACAGAAGCCAAAAAAGAUCCGUAGAAAGGACCAAGAAAAUGCCAAGAUCGAGGAGACACCAAUCACAGAGAAAAAACAGCGUAGUAUGUAUCCAAUGCCCUACGGUGAUCCUUUGGGCUUGAGCAAGAUUCUGGGCCAAAAAAAAUGGUUCUGA